GGUAUGAUGUGGCCGGGGAUCGAACCCACGGCCUUCCGAUCUCCGGGCGGACGCUCUAACCACUACACCACGGAGGCGGUCCCUGCAACCUAAGCAUCAAUGGUAUGUCCUCAGACACACAGACCACCCUGAAGAUUCUUUGAAUACAAACUUCAUGCAUUCAAGCAGAGGAACAUGUUCUGUGCCCCCAAUAACAUUCGCUGACUCUGUGGCCCGGUGUUGCUAUGGUUACUAUAAAAGUCUGCCCAAAACUGGAAAACCAGCCAUGGGACGAGAGUGGACAUUGUUGUCUGCUGUUGUCAUGACUACACAAACAGAGACUGGCUUCAGUAUGAAAGUGGUUGCCAUGGGAACAGGUUCCAAAUGUAUUGGGAAGUCCAAGAUGAGUAAGGCAGGUGAUAUUGUAAAUGACAGCCACGCUGAAAUCAUUGCAAGGAGAUCGUUUCUGUGCUACCUGUAUGAGGACCUGAGGGUGGUGUAUGGCGGUGGCCAAGGUGAGGUGUUCCUACCUCCUCAAGAUGGCUGUCAUCGAUGCAAGGUGAAGCCAGGAGUCCACUUCCAUUUCUUCACCAGCCAGACGCCGUGCGGCGAUGCUUCCAUUUUCCCCAGACCAGACGAAGGAGCUGACAUGAUGGAUGUGAUGGGCUCAGUAGCUGCUGACAGUUCUCUCGUUCCGAAGUCUGGAGGAGACAGGAAGAGGAAGUACUCCUCUACAGAAGCCUCCCAGGAUGCAGCACCCAAGAUGGCUAAACCUGUCACUGUUACAGAUGUACCCUGUCUGGAGGAGGAGGACAGCAAGGAGCCUGGUUCAGGUUCAGGACAAGAUCUGCCUGGCUCUACACCAGGACUUAGAGGAAUGGUGGGUGGAGUAGAGGAGGGGUGUUGUCAAAGUACAGACUGUUCUGGCACUGCUGAAGAUGGUCAUGUGGAGAAAUUAGAAAGUAACACAAGAAACAAAGUUCACAGACAAGAAAUGAUAGAGAUGAUUAUUCCUGGUGGAAAGGAGACAGGUGUCCUUGUUGAUGACAUAUUCAAGAAAAAGGCCGGUUGUCUCGAUGGAGAGGUUUUCCAAAAGGAAUUAAGUGAUUUCAGUGGGAAACUGUUUCGAACAACAGAAGCUGAUCUCUGUGGAAAGGUAUUACAAAAUGAAGGAAGAGAUCAUGUUGGGAAGGUAUUCCAGAAGGAGGCAGGUGAUCUUAGUGAAAGGAUAUUGCAAAAAGAAGGAGGUGAUUACAAUGGGAAAAUAUUACAGGGAGAUCACUGUGAACUAAAUAUCCACAAUGCUGUGACUGAAGGAAAGAGGAUAGCAGAGGAGAAACGUGUUUGUGCCAGCAAUGGUGGUGAAGUAUGUGGUACCUCUGACAGAUGUGUUCCUCGGGGUGAUAUAUUCCGUACUGGUGCCAAGUGUGUCCCUGGGGGUGAGCAGGACCCGCUAGGGUCAGGAUCAGACUACCACGUUGUGGGAUUGCUAAGGAUCAAGCCAGGCCGGGGGGAGAGGACAAUCUCCAUGUCAUGUAGUGAUAAGAUGGCACGCUGGAACAUCCUUGGUGUGCAGGGGGCGCUGCUCAGCCUCUUUCUGGUGGAGCCACUUUAUCUGAGCACUGUGGUUGUCGGGAGUGGUCCGUACAGCCAUGCUGCUAUGAGAAGAGCCCUGAUUGAGCGUGUAGAGGAGGUGAGAGAACUGCCCCAGGGGUACCGUGUACACCACCCCCUCCUGCUGCAGUCCACCCUCAGGUUCCCAGAUGGCAGGGAGGCACAGCGGGCACAGGCUGUACAACAUAAACUGGUACCUUCAUCAGCAGCUAUUAUAUGCUAUGAAUAUGGAGGUGUCCGACGUGUGGAUGUCAGCGUGAACGGCAAGAAACAGGGCAUCACUUCCAAGAACUUACACAAGCCUCAAGCCAGGUGCUCUGUCUGCAUCAAGGAGAUGUUCAGGAGGUUCCAGUCUCUGGUGGCAGCAUCUUGCAUCAUCUCAUCACUGCCAUGUUUCAAAGACGUGUCAUGGUCCAAGCUCACCUACCACCAGUGCAAGUCCAUGGCCACCGACUACAACCAUGCAUGGGCAUGUCUCAGACAACAGCAGUUUCCAACAUGGCUAUGGAAAGAAAGGACAUAUCUUGACUUUUCAGCAUCAGACGCUAGCGUUUGAUAUGAGCUGAUUGUGUAGACCUUCUCCUUCCUGGCUUUCAUGGAUUAUGGGGAGAGCUGGACCCCUAUAACCUGUACUUGUGUAAUUGGUGACUACACUGGAUCUAGUGGUAUCUCUGUGACGUGAUCAACUGGUGCUUCGUCAUACUGUUGUAUCUGGCCAAUCACUGGUUUGUCUGACUGGUUUGUAUUUACAGGUUGUUGUGAUGUAGCUGGAAUAUUGCUGUCUGGGGCAUCAAACAACAUUCAUUCACUCACUAUGUGAUUAAAAUAAUGUCUAUGGUACUAUU